UAGAGAGGCAGAGAGAUCCUCCAUCUACUACCACAUGAUUGAACCUUCACGCGCCGGUGUUGUUGUUGUUGUGGUUCAUGCCUUCGCUGGUGGAUCUCCGUGGGUCACACACCUUCUUGUAGAUAUUGACACGAAGCAUCUCAUACGGUGACGUCUUCUUCUUCAAUUCCUCGAAACGACGCGUUUCAAUUUCGUAUCUUGCAUUUCAUAUGAACCAAGGAAAAGCUCUCUCGUCAAGUUUCUUCUUCUUCUUCUUCAUCUUAACUCCACCGACCACAAAUGGCUCUGCAGGUACUCGGCUGCACGAGUCGACCUAUCCGCGUCUCCCUUCACCGUUGUUCUCUUUUUUCCACCGUCAGUGGCGACAUCAUCAGAAGGAAGAAUCUCCGAUUCGUUACGAAAUCGAAAUUGUCCUUCACUCUUCAAUCAUCAAGUAGAAAGUUUCGUCUUCCUUCGAUUAAUUGCUCGUCGGUGAACGGAUCAGUAGCGGAAACUGCGGAGUAUUACAAAGGAGAAGGAGACAACGUUUCAGUUCCGGAGAGGAUUCGGCAAUGUAUUGGUUUCCUCCGAACGAUUUUACCAGGUGGAAGCUGGUGGAGUUUCACGGAUGAGGUUGAUGGUAGGUUCAUUGCUAAGCCUGUGACUGUUUGGCGUGCGUUGAGUCGGAUGUGGGAGCUUGUGGCUGAGGAUCGUUGGGUUAUCUUCGCUGCUUUUUCGACUCUUAUCAUUGCUGCGCUUUCAGAGAUAACUAUUCCGCAUUUUUUAACAGCGUCGAUCUUCUCGGCACAGAGUGGUGAUAUCACUGUGUUUCGUCGAAAUGUCAAGCUCUUGAUUGUGCUUUGUGUUACUUCUGGCAUUUGCAGUGGUAUCCGAGGAUGCUUCUUUGGGAUUGCAAAUAUGAUUCUUGUGAAACGAAUGAGAGAAACGCUAUACUCUACUCUUCUCUUCCAGGAUAUAUCAUUUUUCGACUCUCAAACUGUUGGUGACUUGACAAGCAGACUUGGAUCGGACUGUCAGCAAGUCUCGAGGGUCAUCGGAAAUGAUCUGAACAUGAUAUUUCGCAAUAUUCUUCAGGGAACAGGGGCAUUAAUUUAUUUGCUGAUUUUGUCGUGGCCCCUUGGGCUUUGCACAUUGGCAAUUUGCUGUACUUUGGCUGCGGUUAUGUUCGUUUAUGGGAUGUACCAAAAGAAGACAGCGAAGCUAAUUCAGGAGAUCACUGCUUCUGCAAACGAAGUGGCUCAAGAGACAUACUCUUUGAUGAGAACCGUUCGUGUAUAUGGGACAGAGAAGCAAGAGUUUAAAAGGUACAAUCACUGGCUUCAGAGAUUAGCAGAUAUUAGUUUGAGACAGAGUGCUGCGUAUGGUAUUUGGAACUGGAGCUUCAACACUCUAUACCAUGCUACUCAGAUUAUUGCUGUCCUGGUUGGAGGAAUGUCUAUCUUAGCUGGUCAAAUAACAGCAGAGCAGCUGACAAAGUUUCUGUUGUAUAGUGAGUGGUUAAUCUAUGCUACGUGGUGGGUGGGAGAUAAUUUAUCGUCUUUGAUGCAAUCAGUUGGAGCGAGUGAAAAGGUCUUUCAGAUGAUGGAUCUCAAGCCAAGUGAACAAUUUAUAGCAAAAGGGACGAGACUGCAGAGACUGACAGGACAUAUCAAGUUUGUAGAUGUGUCGUUCAGCUAUCCUUCAAGAGAGGAGGUGGCGGUUGUACAAAACGUAAACAUUUCUGUGCGUCCUGGUGAAGUGGUGGCAAUCGUUGGUCUAAGUGGCAGUGGCAAAAGCACACUGGUUAAUCUUUUGCUGCAACUGUACGAACCAACAAGUGGUCAGAUUCUACUCGAUGGGGUUCCUUUGAAAGAGUUGGAUGUCAAGUGGCUAAGGCAAAGAAUCGGAUACGUGGGGCAGGAACCAAAGCUCUUCCGCACAGACAUCGGUUCCAACAUCAAGUAUGGAUGUGAUCGAAAUAUAACGCAAGAAGAUAUAAUAUCGGCCGCAAAGGAAGCCUACGCACAUGACUUCAUCACAGCACUUCCCAGUGGUUACAACACAAUGGUUGAUGAUGAUCUACUCAGUGGAGGGCAGAAACAACGGAUUGCAAUAGCUCGUGCCAUCCUUAGAGAUCCCAGAAUUCUCAUCCUCGAUGAAGCCACUAGUGCACUUGAUGCAGAGAGCGAACACAACGUUAAGGGCGCGCUUCGUUCUAUUGGAAACGACGCAGCAACAAAGAGAAGCGUCAUAGUGAUAGCACACAGACUUUCUACAAUUCAGGCUGCGGAUAGAAUAGUGGCUAUGGACAGUGGACGAGUCGUCGAGAUGGGCAAUCACAAAGAACUUUUGAGCAAAGAUGGCUUAUACGCUAGAUUGAACAAGAGACAAGCCGAUGCUGUCCUAUAAAUAGAUCCCACACAUGCUAAACUGUUCAUGAAAUAGUCAUGAUUAUGUUUUUGAAUGGUCAUGACAAUAUGUAAUGAUGGAAAAAAUUGUGUAAAGGUGUAACCAUAGACGAUAAAUUCAUAAUUCUUAUUUCACACAAA